AUGGAGCAAGAUCUUUCUCGUAAAAGGUCAACAAAAGUUAGGGUUUCCUCGUUCUCCAUUAAUGUCUCUUUUUCAAGUUUCCAGUGCAAUUGUUUUGCAUUUCCUCAGCUUUGUUUCAGUAAAACAAAACGGCCUGACUUUCUAGGGUUUCAGAUGACAGCUAGUAAUUUUGCUAUAAAGUUUGCAGCUACAUUAUGUGUGCUAAACAUGGAAUAUAUUUAUCAUCGCAAACGAUCCAAACAUGCCAUUCAAGGAGAUAGUCAUGACAAUGGAAUCAUGUACUUAAAAAGGCAGGAACAAGGCAAGGACGUCGACGGCGCACAAGCACCACCUUUGGCCAGACAACCACUGCCCACAUCCAGCUGUGGCCUCGAGACCAGCAACGAAACCCGAGACCAGAUUGAAGUGGGUUCCAUUUACGAGAUUGAUCAUGAAAAGCUUCCACCCAGAACCCCAGUUCAACUCAGGUCUAUCCGAGUCGCCAUGGUGAGUGAGAAGACCGAGUCCAACGUCUCAGUGAGAUUUCCGAGCUUUCAGUCGCUUCAAAGCUACUUCAAAAACGGCAUCAGAGAGAUGUACCCAGAGCUGGACGAGAAAUUCGUGAUGGGGACAAAGCUGGCUGAGAAAAUGCUGAAUCGGAAGGUCCCAUCUCAGGAAUUUGCAGAGAAAAAGCACUCGCAGGAGUUUUGGGUUGUUAUCUCAACCUCGUCGUUCCGUGGGUUAGGAGAUGUCGUUUCGAAGAAGGCUGGGAAUUUGUUUUCUGAGCUGAAGGGAAACGGAAUGGUGGGUUGGGGUGUUCGUCGUCAGGUUAAGUUCAUCGGAAGGCAUAGAGAGAGUAACCCUCAGUCUUCUUCGAGCUUUGUAAGAGAAGGAGAUGAAGAAAUGGAUGAAGGAGACGAAGAAGAAGAGGAAAAAAUCAAAGAAGAAGAAGAAGAUGAGGAAGAAGAAGAUGAAGAGGAUGAAGAAUCUUUGACAGAAGAAACCAAGCUAACUGCACAGAGAAAGCGACGUUAUAGCUCAAGACUUGUUGGAAUAGCAAAGAAAGCAAAACGUGAGACUCAAAGGAAUGUGAAUACAAAGACUAAGACUAAGGCUAAGGCUAAGGCUAAGAAUCGUUGUAAGCAAAUAUUUGCGCUAAAAAACCCACAGGACAGGUGGUCUAAAGAGAGGUAUAAUUUAGCGGAGAAAAAUCUAAUGGAGGUGAUGAAGGCAAAGGGUGCUGUGUAUGGGAACCCAAUUCUCCGGCCGGAACUUAGAGCGGAGGCUCGGAAGCGAAUCGGGGACACGGGUUUGCUGGACCACCUCCUCAAGCACAUGGCGGGGAAGGUGGCGCCUGGAGGGGGUGAGAGGUUCCGGCGGCGGCACAAUGCAGAAGGAGCAAUGGAGUUUUGGUUGGAGAGUGCAGACCUUGUUGAUAUAAGGAAAGAAGCUGGGGUUCAAGAUCCUUAUUGGACCCCACAACCUGGGUGGAAGCUGGGGGAUUGCCCCACCCAAGACCCUGUUUGUGCUAAGGGACUGAAGCAAUUGAAGGGGGAGACCUCCAAACUAAAAAGGGAGGUGGAGUUAUUAUCCCAGAAACGAAAUGAGGAAAGUCAAGCAAUUGUGGUUUCAAACCCUUCCGAGAUAAGUCAUAAGUUGGAUCUUGAUAGUUCAAUCGUUCCAUUGAAUUCUGACCUUGAUAGUUCACUGGCCAAACUGGAAAAGUAUCAGGAACAACUGAGAGCCUUGGCAGAAUACGUGAGGAGAAUCGAGGAAGAGAUAAGUAGGCUAAAAUCCAAGAUGGACCAGGAAACAAGGUCAGGCUCAGCAUUAAUGGGGUCAACGGAUUGUCGUGCUGAAAAAGAUAAAAAGCAAGGGGAAGAAGAAAGAGCAGCACAGGCAGUAGAGAAAAAGGAAGUGGGAAGUGAUCAGUUGAAGACAAAAGCAACAGCAAGAGAAGCGGAGAACACAGCAGCGGCAGCAAAGGAAAAAGCAGCAAAAAUCCAACGGCUAAAGAGUGGGUUCAGGAUUUGCAAGCCCCAGGGGACGUUCCUUUGGCCAAACAACAACAGUAAUGGCAACAACAGGCCAUUGUCCUCUCAGGUUGUGGUCCAGGUUGAAGAUCUCAUGGUAGUCCCCACCCCACCAUCAGUUUCCUCCUCCACCGCCUCUGCGCCUCCUCAACUCCCCUAUUACCACCACUACCUCCACAACGGCCACCCAGCUUCUCCGGUCAAGCCCUUGGCGGAGAGAAGGGCAGUUACAGUCACUGUCUCCGCCGUGGGUGAUCACAGCAAUUUCUCUACUACCACAACCACAACUACUACCAACAAGAAGAGCAAAACUCACAUCAACCUCAAUGACUUACCCAUCAACCCUGGAGGAGAUGGAUUUUGUGGGACCCCGGGAUCCUCACGUAAAACUGUCAACACCACUGCUGUAGUGCCACGUGUGAGUAUCCCACCUGAUCAAGGGCUACCCUCGGCAGUUAAGGGUGACAUGAGUCCGUCGACAGAGGUGGUCGGGCAUGGUGGCAGCGGUGUCAAAGCUUCGAAGAGUGGUAAUAUGAUGAGCUACAAUGAGCAGGAGCACGGGGGAUGCUCCUCCUCCUCCACCCCGUCUGCCCCCUCGUGCUUGCCAAAGGGAGUGGGUAAUUGGCUGGCUCUGGCUACUCCCACCCCUGCACAAAAAGACUCUAACCGUGGAUAA